AUGAGUGCAGAAAUCUUCCAAAGAGGCAUCUUAUGCCCAUCCUCGGUCUCCAACUGCAGUAGAAUCGUGGAUGUCCUAAAUGACACGGAAGCCAAUGCCUACAAGCUGAUGGACCUGGCUCCUUUUGCCCUAAGAACAGAGCCGACAAUGCUGAACCUCCCAAGCCCCUUCUCAACUGUGGACGUGCCGGGCCAUGCUCAUUACGCCAUAGCAGCAGUCAUUCUAGCAGUGGGCAUCACAGGAACCCUGGGUAAUCUCCUGGUCAUCUAUGCUUUCUGCAGGAGCAGGGGUCUCCGUACUCCUACCAACAUGUUUAUUAUCAACUUGGCCAUGAGCGAUUUCCUAAUGUCCGUCACUCAGUGUCCACUUUUCUUCAUCAAUAGCCUCAACAAAAGAUGGAUAUUUGGGGAAAAAGGUUGUGAGCUGUACGCUUUCUGUGGAGCUCUCUUUGGCAUUGCUUCCAUGAUCACGCUGACUGUGAUAGCCCUGGACAGGUAUUUUGUGAUUACACGACCCCUGGCCUCCAUUGGAGUAAUGUCUAAGAAGAAAGCUUUGCUAAUCCUAUUAGGAGUGUGGCUGUAUUCCUUAGCUUGGAGCCUCCCGCCCUUCUUUGGAUGGAGUGCUUAUGUUCCAGAGGGCCUCCUGACUUCCUGUUCCUGGGAUUAUAUUACUUUCACCCCAUCCGUCCGUGCCUACACAAUGCUCCUCUUCUGUUUUGUGUUCUUCAUUCCCCUUAUUGCCAUCAUAUACAGUUACAUGUUCAUUUUCAGAGCCAUCAAGAAUACGAACAGGGCUGUUCAAAAACUCACUUCGGACAGCAGUAAGGAAUCCCAAAGACUAUUCCAGAGGAUGAAGAACGAGUGGAAAAUGGCCAAAAUUGCCUUGAUUGUCAUCUUGCUGUAUAUAAUUUCCUGGACUCCAUAUUCCAUGGUAGCUCUGUUGGGUUUUUCAGGGUACUCUCAUCUCCUCACACCAUUCAUGAACACCAUCCCUGCAGUGAUAGCGAAGGCUUCUACCAUCCACAACCCAAUCAUUUACGCCAUCGCUCAUCCCAAAUACAGAAUGGCGAUUGCAAAGUUUCUUCCAUGUCUCCAACCUCUGCUAAGGGUUUCUCACAGAGAUUCCAGAUCCCUCAGCUACGCUUCCACCAGGCGCCCCACAGUCACCAGCCAGUCCUCUGACAUUAAUGGGCUGCCAAGAGGAACCCGAAGGCUCUCCUCAAUCUCAGACAGCGAAUCAGAUUGGACUGACACGGAGGCGGAUCUCUCUAGUCUGAACUCCAGAGGUGCUAGUGGACAAGUUUCGUACGAAAUGGGUGAAGACACCACGGAAAUGAAUGACAGCGAAGUCAAAUCUAAACUGAAAAGCCAUGAUUCAGGGAUUUUUGAAAAGACUUCUGUGGAUGCAGAUGAGAUUUCCGUGGCGGAGGACUUACCCUUUGGAAGCUAUUUCUUUCAAGAUAGCCUGACAGGGGAAGACCUGAAUAAUUUUGGACCAAGAGGAGAAAGCUCUUAUUACAGAAGGUCUCCCGCAGCCCAGAUUCCUAGCAUUAUAGUGACCUUCAGCAAUGUCCAGAGAACAGAACUGCCUUCAGAAUCCAACACGGAUCCCUCAUACUCCAGGAAUAGUGGCUAUAGCUGGGAAAAAAAUGCCAGCAGCCAGCUGGAAUGGCUGUACCAGGGCAGUGCCUUUGCUCCUGCUUCAGAAACCAACAUGUGUCAGCUUAGCGUAGAAAACCUUCCAAAACUUCUUUGAACCAGGGCUGGCCCAACAAUCAUCACACUUCCUUUACAAUCAGGAUUCAGAGCCAGUUCCGUGAAGCUUCAAAGAGCAGCUCCAAAAGGAGCAAAUCAUUCAUUCUUUUAUGGUUGUUCGUUUUCAGUCCAUGUGUUAGCGAUUAUUUUUACUCUCACCUUCAGGAUGAGAACAAGACUAUUCUUUGGACUUUGAGAGAAGGUUUGAGACUCUGCUCGGGGUCAGGAUGAUCGUCUUUCUGUCUGUUCCCACAGCCUCUGGUCCCAAUGCCACCCCCCUCAAUUGCUUUUCCCUUUACCUAGAUGCUUCCCCCCACCCCCCACACAGAAAUCCUCAGCAAAAGUUCUGUGAGAGCCUUUCCCCUUACCCACAUCCGCUGCAUGAGGGUGUCCUGUGACAUUGUGCUGCCAGGUGCAAAAAACAAGCAAGAUGGCAACUGCCCUUCACGCAACCUCCCAUGGGCCCAACCGGGCCGGAAUGGCAGUUCGGCCAACCUGGGAAAGGUGUUGCUUCGCACCUAAAAGGUUUAGGGCCAAGGCUCAGGGACACAGAUCCAUCUGCUGCUUUGUCUGUCUAUCUGCAGACAGAGAAACAGGAGAUUUUAUUUACAUUUAACAGAGCCAGCAAGUUAAGGUCUUGUCCAAAUUCUUCCAAAUGACAUACCUUCUGUUAAUUUGCACCCUGCCCCAGUUCAUCUCCAAACCGUGGAAAAAGGAGGUUUCCCCCAGCUUGACUGAAGGGCAGGAAAGAUCUCUGGUGAAGGAGACAUUGCAGGGUUUAGGCACAGCGAUGUGAACCCUUCCCUGCCUGGCUUCCUUUCCCUGUGUGGCAGUUAAGCUGGCGGGGGGCGGACUUCUACUGGCAUCAGUGAGCACUCAGAGCUUUAAGAAGUAGAUUUGGUGUAUCACCCUCAUAAAAUGAGGUGUACUAAGACCUUUGCAUCCUAGUCUAAUGCACCUGAGAAAAGCUUAGGGAGCACUGCAUGACAGUUUCCAUGGUGUACCUGCACAUACAAACACAGCUCUCUGUUCUCCACCAUCUCACAGCCAUUUUCUGGUCCCAGAACCUGUGGACCGAGGUGCCCACCCUGCUCUGUCUAAUAGCUACUCAGUCAACUCCCAGAGAUGGGCAAAAGGGAUGAACAGAUGAGGUUGCGAAGAAAAAUUCCCUUUGUAUCUGGUCUUGCCAUCCUUUUAAGAAGGUUCUAUGUUAACAAAUACUAGUUCCCUGAACAAGAGACUUAUGUGUAUAUUUGUGUCUUGCAGUCAGUUGGUGGUUGUUAAUUCCUGUCUUGCUGUUUUGGGGGUUUUUUCUGUACAAGUCUGCUGUUGUAAGAUGUCUUUUUUAAUAGUAAAGAUAGUGGGAAAGGGGCAGUAGAGGAGAAAUUUCAUUACUGUUUGUCUUGGGUGGGUCAUCAUAUCUUCUGGCAGUCCCCCCUUUUCUUCUUGACCUAUGUUUGUCACAUUCUACAUGAUAUUCAUUUUAAAAAGCCAACCAUUACAAGUAGAAGUAUUAGAUAAUUUCUUGGCUGUUUAGAGAAUUGCUGGUUCACAUGUGACUUUCUCUGCCUCCUAGUUACAAUCAAGUGCUGAGCAUGGAGUCUCCGACAAGGCGAAGGGUGACUGUAGGAUAGGCUGGGCAACUUUGUGAAGUCUAGGGGAUCUAGGGGAUCUUACCCAGAAAAAAAUAAAGAAGGGCAUAGAACAUGCCCAAAGGGUACAAAUUAACAUGUUUUCAAGAUAUUUUUGACAUGUUGGGGUCAAUAGUAGUGACAGAGCACUAAUAGUCUCUCCAGAUGCCAUUAAAAAAUACUUUACAAUUUUGGGUGCCAACGGGAUGGCAGCAAAGGCUGUCCUUUUCUUACUGCAGCUCCCAGCCUGGUUCAAGUACAUGCAACCUGGUGCCCUCCAGAUGUGCUGGACUACAAUGCCCAUCACCUCCAACCAGUAUGCCCAAUGAUCCGUUCACUUGGAAUGAGAGGAGAUGUAAUUCAAUAGACCUGGAUGGUGCUGGGUUUGAGGAGGCUGGUAGAGAAUUCCAAGCUGAAUGGAACCAAGGUCCAACAUAUUCCUGGCUCUGGGAAUCAGAGCUAGGAAUAUUUUCUUGUGUGUUGUUAGUGUCUGGUUUCCAGUUGUCGCCUCCAGCCAGCAGUCCAGUAGGGAUUCGAUGCCCAGCACUGCAUUCCACGAGCCCUGCAACGCUAGACUCAAGGGCAGGAGCCACCAUGGAUGGAGACGGGAUUCCGUUCAGGCAGCGGGUUUAGUUGCAUCUGGGUGGAGCCAGGAGUUUUGCGUGGUUGUUCCAUUCUUGUUGGAGACAGGCCAUCAAAUUCUCCUCUGGCUUCAUGACUGGAGAGAGCCUUUGAUGACAAAGCCCAGAGGCAGAACAAUCCACCUAGACCAGGGGUCGGCAACCUCUAACACUCAAAGAGCCAUUUGAACCUGUUUCC